CUCACGCGUUCCUUUGAGCGCAUGAGUCAGCGUCGACGCCCCGCUGUCGCACCGAAAAUUCCCCACCGACGCCGUUGCCGCUGUUCACGCUUUUCCCUGACUGAAGAGUCAUCCAACCUGCCGUCUGCCCAGUUCCACGUCAUCUACAAGUCCAGGACCCUUUUUGCAACAGCGCCCACCCAAUUGAUCUGCCUGAUCGACAAAUUCCUCGCUUCACGAUGUCUACCACCACAAACGGAUACAAGCACUCGUCCGAGCGGAUAGCUCACACGGAAGAGAAGCACCUUCCCGGUGGCUGGGUCGUACUCAAGUUCGGGGGUACAUCUGUGGGCAAAUUCGCGGAGAACAUAGCGGAUAUCGUCAAGAACGGUCUGACCACCAACCGCACCGCUAUUGUCUGCUCCGCGCGCAGCGGCACCACCAAGCUCGAAGGCACUACUAACAGGCUCCUCCGCUGCGCGAGGGCCGCCGAGAGAGCCGGCUCGCGUGCCUAUGACGAGGUCGUAGAAGCCCUCCGCGUCGACCACAUCCAGGCCGCCAAGGAUACGCUGAAAGAUGCUGGAAUCCUGGCCAAGUUCGAAGAGGAAGUCAAUGCCGAGUGCGAGGGACUGGUCAAGAUUCUGGAGUCAGCGCAGCACCUGGAAGAGGUGACGAGCCGCGCCGAGGACAAGAUCGUGAGCAAGGGCGAGAAGCUGAGCUGCCGCUACAUGGCGGCGCUUUUGAACGACCAAGGUACGCCUGCGCAGUACGUCGAUGUAUCGGAUGUCUUCAAGACUCCUGGUCCUAGGAAGGGUGGAGUGGGCGACAAUUUUUACAAGGACCUCGCGGAAGCGCUGGGCAAAGAGGUUGAGGCUUGCGGCGACAAGGUUCCGGUCAUCACGGGAUUCUUUGGAAAUGUCCCUGGAGGCAUCCUGAGCGCCGUGGGACGUGGUUACACCGAUCUGUGUGCUGCUCUGGUGGCCGUCGGCGUCAAGGCGGACGAGCUGCAGAUCUGGAAAGAGGUGGACGGCAUCUUCACAGCAGACCCCCGCAAAGUCCCCACAGCCCGUCUCCUCUCCUCCGUUACGCCCUCCGAGGCUGCGGAACUGACCUUCUACGGCUCCGAGGUCAUCCACCCGUUCACUAUGGAGCAGGUCAUCCGCGCUCGCAUCCCCAUCCGUAUCAAGAACGUCAUGAACCCGCGCGGCAACGGCACCAUCAUUUUCCCCGAUCGCUUCGAAGACGAGCCAGGAUCGCCCACCAAGCACACUGGCCUCUUCCGCACCCGCUCAACCAGCAUCCUCUCGGCCCUGCAGCGCCCCAAGCGGCCCACAGCCGUGACCAUCAAGCACAAUGUUAUUGUGCUUAAUGUGCACAGUAACAAGCGCACGCGCGCUCACGGCUUUCUCAUGAAUAUCUUCAGCAUCUUGGACCGCUGGAACCUUUCAGUCGACCUGAUCUCUUCCUCUGAAGUGCACGUCUCCAUGGCUCUGCACUCCGAAUCCGCGCUGCUUAGUGGCGGCGGAGAAGACGAGUACAAGAUCAAGAACAAGGACCUGCAUGGCGCGAUUGACGAGCUGGGUGCCCUGGGCGCGAUUGACAUUGUGCCUGAUAUGGCCAUCGUCAGCUUGGUCGGCAAGCAGCUUAAGAACAUGAUUGGCAUCUCUGGCCGUUUCUUCAGCGUCUUGGGAAACAAUAACAUCAAUAUUGAGAUGAUCUCGCAGGGUGCCAGCGAGAUCAACAUAUCCUGUGUGAUUGAGGAGCGCGAGGCUGACCGCGCCCUCAACGUCGUGCACACAAAUCUUUUUACUUUUCUCGAAUAGAGCUGCAUAUGCAUACGCGGCGUUUGAGCAUUUACACCCCCCUGUUAGGCCCUGUUAGGGUCGCUUUCCCGGUUUUCGUAGAUAAAUUUACACAAGACAACUGUGCUUCCUAUUGAUAUAUCAAAUUCAGUAUUUUUGGAUAUCAAAUUCUGUCUUG